AACAAUGGCGAGAAUGGAGAGCCUGAUCGGACUGGUCAACAGAAUCCAACGAGCCUGCACUGUCUUGGGAGAUCACGGCGGCGAAGGCUCCCUCUGGGAAGCCCUUCCUUCAGUCGCCGUCGUUGGAGGCCAGAGUUCUGGGAAAUCAUCAGUGCUGGAAAGCGUUGUCGGGAGAGAUUUUCUACCUCGUGGAUCGGGCAUUGUUACAAGGAGGCCAUUGGUGCUGCAACUCCAUAAGACUGAGGGAGGAGCUGAAUAUGCAGAGUUUCUUCAUGCUCCUAAAAAAAGAUUUUCUGAUUUUGCUACUGUGAGGCAAGAGAUUGCAGAUGAGACAGAUCGCAUUACAGGGAAGACAAAACAAAUCUCAAAUGUCCCAAUUCACCUGAGCAUUUAUUCUCCUAAUGUGGUAAACUUAACCCUCAUUGAUCUUCCCGGACUGACGAAGGUUGCUGUAGAGGGGCAGCCAGACAGUAUUGUAGAGGAUAUUGAAGGGAUGGUUCGUUCCUAUGUGGAGAAGCCCAAUUGCAUCAUUUUGGCUAUUUCUCCAGCCAACCAAGACAUUGCAACUUCUGAUGCUAUAAAGCUUGCAAGAGAAGUUGAUCCUUCGGGAGAAAGGACAUUUGGAGUGUUAACUAAACUAGAUCUGAUGGAUCAAGGAACAAAUGCCUUGGAUGUACUUGAAGGUAGAUCAUAUAGGCUCCAACAUCCAUGGGUUGGAAUCGUGAAUCGUUCACAGGCUGAUAUCAAUAAGAAUGUUGACAUGAUGUAUGCCCGUCGUAAGGAACAAGAGUAUUUUGAAUCUAGUCCUGAAUAUGGACAUCUGGCACAUAAAAUGGGUUCUGAGUAUCUUGCAAAACUUCUCUCACAGCAUUUGGAGGUUGUCAUUAGGCAGCGCAUACCAGGUAUCAUUGCAUUAAUAAAUAAGACUAUCGAUGAGCUUAAUGCAGAGUUAGAUCGUAUUGGAAGGCCUAUUGGUGUAGAUGGAGGGGCACAGCUGUACACAAUUUUGCAAAUGUGUCGUGCAUUUGAUCGCAUAUUUAGAGAACACCUAGAUGGAGGGAGGCCAGGUGGUGAUAGGAUAUAUGGCGUUUUUGACAAUCAGCUUCCAGCUGCAAUGAAAAAACUUCCGCUAGAUCGCCACCUGUCAUUGAAUAAUGUUAAGAAAGUCAUUAGUGAGGCAGAUGGUUAUCAGCCUCACCUGAUUGCUCCUGAACAAGGAUACAGGAGAUUGAUUGAUGGAUGUCUUGGAUACUUCAAGGGCCCUGCUGAAGCUUCUGUUGAUGCGGUGCACUUCAUUCUUAAAGAAUUGGUGAGGAAGUCCAUUGCAGAAACAGAGGAAUUGAAGAGAUUCCCCACACUUCAAUCUGAUAUAGCUGCUUCCGCAAAUGAUGCACUAGAGAGGUUUCGUGAUGAAAGUCGUAAGACAGUUCUAAGACUGGUGGAAAUGGAAUCUUCCUACCUGACUGUGGAGUAUUUCAGGAAGCUUCAGUCAGAGCCAGAGAAAAAUCCAAACACAAACCAAAAUAGUUCAAAUACAGAUCGCUACACAGAUCAUCAUCUAAGGAAAAUUGGUUCAAACGUCUCUGCAUAUGUUAACAUGGUCUGUGACACCUUAAAGAAUACUAUUCCAAAGGCUGUUGUAUAUUGCCAAGUUCGCGAGGCUAAGAGAUCACUGUUGAAUAAGUUCUAUUCUGAUGUAGGAAGAAGAGAGAAGGAGAAGCUGGGUAAAAUGCUUGAUGAAGAUCCUUCACUUAUGGCAAGGAGGGAAUCCAUAGCCAAGAAGCUGGAGUUAUACAAAUCUGCCAGAGAUGAGAUUGACUCUGUUGCAUGGAAAUGAUGAAAAUCUCUUCAUUUUCACUUUUUUUGUUGAUUGGUUCAUACACCUGGCACAGCCCCCUUGUUUGUAGUUCCACUAUUCUGGCAUGCAUAAGCUAAAUAUACAUAUUCUUUUUGCUAAAAAGAUAUAAUAGAAGCCCAUUGGUA